AUGCUUAAUUACCGUCCCUCGUUAGCCCUCUUCCCAACGCUUCUCCUACUGGGACUCGCCAGCGCCAAGAGGUUCCCGUGCUUCCCUGAGUAUUGCCUCCGUGACCGGGACUACGAGGAGCUGCUGGGCAUCGUGAAGCACGGGCUGGAGCCCACGAGGCGCCCAUCUGACGUGGUCGUGGUCGGGGCUGGGAUCAGCGGGCUGACGGCAGCCAAGCUGCUGCGGGAUGCCGGCCAUAAGGUGACCGUUCUGGAAACCAGCCAUAGGGUGGGUGGGAGGAUCAGGACGUACCGUGAGAAGGACUGGUACGUGGAGCUGGGAGCCAUGCGCCUGCCGAGCAAACACAGGCUGGUGCGUGAGUUUAUAAAGCAGUUUGACCUGAAGCUCAAUCCGUUCCUCCAGACGGAUGACAACGCCUGGUAUUUUGUGAACGGCAUCCGAGCCAAAGUGGCAGAAGUGAACAGGAACCCCGACAUCCUGAAUUACACCCUGAGGCCGGCGGAGAGGGGCAAAAGCGCCAGCCAGCUCUACAGGGAAGCUCUGCAUUCGGCUUUCAAGGAGUUCCAGACCAUGGACUGCAAGGAGUAUCUGGCUAAACACGACUCCUUCUCCACCAAGGAAUAUUUGAUUAAAGUUGGGAAUCUGAGCCGGGGAGCUGUGCAGAUGAUCGGAGAUUUGCUCAACGAGGAGUCGGGCUUUUAUCUGUCCUUCCUCGCCUCGCUGUGGGAUUUCGACAUCUUCUCUCAUGGGGAGAGCUUCGACGAAAUCACGGGAGGUUUCGACCAGCUGCCCAAAGCCUUCCACAAAGCGCUGCCGGGCGCCGUCAGGCUCAAUUGCACGGUGGAAAAGAUCAUGACGAAGGGAGGGAAGGUGCGGGUGUUCUACCGCGCUCCGGAUACCCUCGCCCCCAGCAUAGAGACUGCAGACUACGUCCUCGUCACCUCCUCGGCCAAAGCCACCAGGCACAUCCAGUUCUUCCCCCCUCUCUCCCCUACCAAAAACGACGCCCUGCGCUCCAUCCAUUACGCCAGCGCUUCCAAAAUCGCUUUGGCUUGCACCGAGAAGUUCUGGGAGAAAGACGGCAUUCGAGGAGGGCAAUCCAUCACCGACCGCCCCUCCAGGUUUAUCUACUACCCCAACCACAACUUCUCCAGCGGGGUCGGGGUCGUCUUGGCCUCCUACACCUGGAACGACGACGCCGAGUUCCUCGCGCCUUUGGCGGAUGAGGAAUACGUGGAUCUGGUCCUCCAGGACCUGGCGGACAUCCACCAGGUGAGCAAGAGUUACCUGCAGUACGCCUGCGACCGCUACGUGAUACAGAAGUGGCAGCUGGACAGGCAUUCGCUGGGAGCCUUCGCUGCCUUCACGCCCUACCAGUUCACCGAUUACUCGCAGGCCCUCUUUGAGCACGAGGGCAGGGUGCAUUUUGCGGGAGAGCACGCGGCCCAGCCGCACGCCUGGAUCGACACCGCCAUGAAAGCCGCCGUGAGGGCAGCGAGCAACAUCCACGACGACAGCGAAACCCAAAGCCUCCGCCUCGGCCCCACGGAAGGCGGCGGGGAGAAGGGGGAGCUGUGA